ACGCGUGAAGCUGCGAUCCCCUUUCGAGCGUAAGAGUCGGAGCAAGGCAGCAGCUCGAUGGAGGCCGCGUGUCGGCUGAUGAAGGCCGCGCCGCGAUCAUGGGCAGGCAGCCUUCUCGCCCCUACAGCUCGUCGGCUGUUCAGUACAGGAGUUCCUAACUCAUUUCUUGUGAAAGAGCCGCCUUCUCCAAAAGUGGUUGACAGAUGGAAUGAGAAACGAGCCCUCUUUGGUGUCUACGAUAAUAUUGGAAUUCUGGGGGAUUUCAAGGCCCACCCCAAGGACUUGAUUGUAGGGCCCAUAUGGCUACGUGGCUGGAGGGGGAAUGAGCUGCAGAGAUGCAUUCGCAAAAAGAAAAUGGUGGGUGACCGAAUGUUUGUUGAAGAUUACCAUAAUCUGAAUAAGAGAAUUAAAUUCUUGUACAAGCGUUACAAUCGCUAUGGACUGCGUCGCUAAGAGCGGGUUCUCUGUAACAACAUUUAUUCCCCCAACGAUUGUGCAUUUCUGGAAAUAUUUCUUAGUGGCUCUAAUGUGCUGAAACUGGUAGCUGUGUGAAGCUGUCCAAACGUCGUCAUCGUCAUCUUGUUCGUCUUUUGAAUUAUUUUCUGUUUCCAGUUAUUUUUCUUUCACUUCAUUAAUCAAAAUACUUCAAUUCAGUGUGUUGAUAUGCCAUUCCUUAGAAGUAUCAUUCAAGCAAUUUUGAUUUCAUGUGUAUUUCAGUCAAAAGAGUGCAGCAGUUUAAGGACGGGAUAAUUUUUAAUGGUUGUUUGCCAACCUGGUUAAAAUAUAAUUGCAAAUAAUAAAUUUCAUCUUUUUA